AUAGUUUAGCUUGAACAUCUGUUUUUUGUGCAUCGCACAUGACGUCAAUUUUAACAAAACAAUGGCCGAGUUCCAAUGGCCGUGGGAGUACACAUUCCCUCCUUUCUUCACUUUGCAACCGCAUGAAGAAACACGCCGGCAACAGCUAAAGGUGUGGACAGAUCUCUUUCUGAAAUACCUCAAACAUGUAAAUAGGUUUACAAUUGGUAUAAACGAUCAAAACUUGCCAUUAUUUUGUAAUGAAUCUAUAAAUCGACGGUUGUCGCCUGAGCUAAUACUGCUCAUACUGGAGCAGUUGCAACAAAGCGGACAUGCUGCCCCACUGGACAAACGACGCCAGGAAUGGCAAGUGUAUUCGUACACAUUGGAAGAAUACGGCAAUAUGGUCUAUGAUUGGAUACAAGAGACUGGACAAACAAAUAGUAUUUGUACUCUCUACGAGCUAGUCUCCGGCGAAAAUAGCACUCAGACGGAGUUUCAUAAUAUGGACGAAGCCGUAUUGCUAAACGCUUUGCGGCUGCUCGAAGAGAAGGGAAAAUGUGAACUUAUUGAAAUGGACGGAAGUCAUGGAGUUAAAUUUUUCUGAAAAAUAUAUUUAUAAUUGUGUUUUAUGUAUGCAUAGCUUUAAGUACAGCCUCAUAAUCUUUGUUUUGCAAUGUUCCUUUGUGCUGAACACAAAACAUAUAAUUUACGACAGUUGAAGAAUAAAUAAAAUCAGCUGUUUAUGUUCACAGUUAAUAUAUGUAAACAAUAUAGUUAAUCAAGCAACAGCUGCAUUUAAAAAU